UCGAUUUAUAGUAUUUUGUUCUUUAAUUUGGGGUUAAAAUAGGCUACUAGUGAUGUUCACAGUAAGAAACAAAGGCCUCCACGCAACGAAAUCCACGUAACGCAGUAUUCUAACGUGCGCACUUAGGUACCCGUGCACCGUCUCUCCCCCACACACACAUUACAUACACCGAGAAGUCACCCACCACCAUCGAUUCUCUCUGGAGCUUCCCUUUCAUAAAGACGAUCAAAUCGUUUUAGCUCAUUCUCUUCACCCAAUUUAUUUUUUUAUUUUUUAUUUUUUUCGACUUAGAUGGUAAUCGUUUCAAAUUUAGAUUUCAUCUCAUAAAGGGGAUGGUCAUUUGUAUUACAUUGGCCUGUUAGAUAGAAACUAGUCAACUUUUGCAUGGGAAAAGAAUGCCAGAUUUGCAAGUUGGAGUUCGGCGAUCGCAGAGGGUCAAACAAAACCAGAAUCCUGCUGGUUUAGUUCCAACUGCUCGGCGUGGUGCUGGAAGAGCUGGUCGGGGUAGAGGCUCUAGAGCAAUGAAUCAAGAUGAAAAUGCAAAGCUUUUAGGUGCUGGUGUGCGUGGCCGGGGCCGUGGUGUUUUAGAAUUGCCAGCAAGACAGGCAGUAGAGAGAAGUGCAGAAAAAUUGGCCGCUGGCGAUGAGGAAGGAAGUACAAGUCCGCUUCCUGAGAGGGUACAACUUGGCAAUUCCCCUGUGUACAAGUUGGAGAGAAAGCUGGGGAAAGGGGGCUUCGGUCAAGUUUAUGUUGGAAGAAGGGUGUCUGGUGGUGCAGGCCGUAGCGGCCCUGAUGCUCUUGAGGUUGCAUUGAAACUUGAGCACCGAAAUAGCAAAGGGUGCAGUUAUGGCCCUCCAUAUGAGUGGCAAGUGUAUAGCACUCUCAAUGGUUGUUAUGGGCUUCCAUUGGUUCAUUAUAAAGGUCAACAAGGAGACUAUUAUAUCCUAGUCAUGGACAUGCUAGGACCAAGCCUUUGGGAUGUUUGGAACUCUAAUAAUCAAACGCUGUCUGAACAGAUGGUAGCUUGUAUAGCAGUAGAGGCAAUAUCAAUUCUAGAACAGCUCCACUUAAGAGGUUUUGUUCAUGGGGAUGUAAAACCAGAGAACUUUUUGCUUGGCCAGCCUGGAACUCCCAAUGGGAAGAAGCUGUAUUUAAUUGAUCUUGGUUUGGCUUCAAGAUGGCGGGACGCAACUUCUGGUCGUCAUGUUGAUUAUGACCAAAAGCCUGAUGUUUUCAGGGGAACCGUACGUUAUGCCAGUGUACAUGCUCAUUUGGGUAGGACUGGGAGCCGGAGGGAUGACCUUGAGUCCCUGGCUUAUACCCUCAUAUUCCUUCUCAAGGGAAAGCUUCCUUGGCAAGGAUAUGUGAUGCAGGGAGAAAACAAAGGAUUUCUUGUUUGUAAGAAGAAGAUGGCAACUUCUCCUGAUACGCUUUGUUUCUUGUGUCCUCCUCCUUUUCAACAAUUUCAUGAGAUGGUGACUAAUAUGAGAUUUGAUGAAGAACCCAAUUACGCAAAGCUCAUUUCCCUUUUUGACAACAGCAUAGGCUCCAAUAUCAUGUUACGGCCAAUUCUAACUGAUGGGGCUAUUAAGGUGGGUCAAAAGAGGGGAAGGUCACUUGUUGAGUUGGAUGAUGGUGGUCAACUUAAGAAGAAAAUACGGCUUGGUACUCCUGCUACACAGUGGAUCUCGGUCUACAAUUUUAGACCAUCAAUGAAGCAGAGGUAUCACUACAAUGUUAUGGAUUCAAGAAUUGAUCAACAUGUGGAGAAAGGGAGGGAAGAUGGUUUAUACAUAAGCUGCGUGGCCUCAUCUGCAAAUUUAUGGGCCAUUAUUAUGGAUGCAGGAACGGGGUUUACAUCCCAGGUCCAUGAGUUAUCUCCCAUUUUCUUGCACAAGGAGUGGAUAAUGGAACAAUGGGACAAGAAUUACUAUAUCACAUCAGUUGCUGGCACAGCUAAUGGCAGUGCCUUGGUCGUUAUGUCAAAAGGAACACCUUAUACUCAACAAUCUUACAAAGUUAGUGAUGUAUUUCCUUUCAAAUGGAUCAACAAAAAGUGGAAAGAAGGCUUCUCUGUGACCUCAAUGACCACAGCAGGAAGCAAAUGGGGCAUUGUGAUGUCUAGGAAUGCAGGUUAUCCUAAUCAGGUUGUUGAACUUGAUUUCCUUUAUCCCAGUGAGGGGAUUCAUAGAAGGUGGGAGAGUGGAUAUCGGAUCACCUCAACUGCUGCUACAGCAGAUCAAGCUGCAUUCAUACUUAGUGCUCCCAAGAGGAAAUCAUCAGAUGUGGCACAAGAAACCUUGCGAACGUCUGCAUUUCCUAGCACACAUGUUAAGGAUAAAUGGUCAAAGAAUCUGUAUAUUGCAUCCAUCUGCUAUGGGAGAACAGUAUCUUGAAGUUGGGGCUUUGGAGGAAGAAACUAAGUACGCAUGCAAACGAGAAGCAGGUUGGUGGUUUGCAUGACAUCUCCAUUGUCUGGCUUAUUGGAGAAUUCCAGUGUCAGAGGAUGAACAGAGAAGUUGCUUUGCAUUGUGUGGAGGUUGUUACCUUCUCCUAUAUUGAGAGCCUUACAAUGAGCCAGCAUAAGCUUUUUAUAUCAUGGCUCGUUAUGGCUGUUCAAAACCAGAGAAUUUGUACAGUGACCCAACAUAUUUACCUUCUUUUGUAAUUGGUAUUUCCCUGAGACCAAAAACAACAAAACAAGCCCCUUGCACAGUUAAAUAUUCGGUGGCAAAAUAUUUAAGGGGUAGCAAGGAGAGGAUUAUCAUCCCAUUUUAACGUUAUGUCACUGUAAUAUCCACAAACUUGUUGUUGUAACAGUUAACCUUUUUUGGAAUGUCACAAAUUCACUGAGCCUGCCUUUGAUUUUAUUGUGUUAUUUGAUGUUGAAAUUUUCUCCCUCUUUCUCUAUUAGAGGGUAUUUGUAAUCUUAGACACUUGCAUCUGGUGCUGGUCGUGGGCUGUCAAAGUAGAAUAUAUGCUGUAGAGAUAAUGAGCAGUCCUUGUCAGGUUGUAAAGUCCUGCAAUUUUCAACACAGCUUUGAGCAUA